AUGGAGCUGCUGUGCGUGGAACCCGCGGCCCGCGCCCCCCGCGCCGGGCGGGACCCGCAUCUGCUGGGGGACCGGCGGGUGCUGCAGAACCUGCUGAGCCUGGAGGAGCGCUACAGCCCCCGCGUGUCCUACUUCCAGUGCGUGCAGAGGGACAUCCAGCCCUACAUGCGCAAGAUGUUGGCCUUCUGGAUGCUGGAGGUGUGUGAGGAGCAGAAGUGUGAGGAGGAGGUGUUCCCCCUGGCCAUGAACUACGUGGAUCGCUUCCUGGCCUCGGUGGCCGUGCACAAGAACCACCUGCAGCUGCUGGGGGCGGUGUGCAUGCUGCUGGCCUCCAAGCUGAGGGAGACCAUGCCCCUGACCGUGGAGAAGCUCUGCAUCUACACCGACAACUCCAUCACGCCCCAGGAGCUGCUGCACUGGGAGCUGCUGGUGCUGGAGAAGCUCAAGUGGGACCUGGUGUCGGUGAUUGCCAACGAUUUCCUGCCGCACAUCCUGCACCGGCUGCCGCUGCCCGCCGACAAGGUGGAGCUGGUGAAGAAGCACGCGCAGACCUUCAUCGCCCUCUGCGCCACAGACUGCACCUUUGUGAUGUACCCGCCGUCCAUGAUCGCCACCGGCAGCAUCGGCGCCGCCGCGCACGGCCUGGGGCUGCCGGGCAGCGGAGAGGCCCUGACCGAGCUGCUGGCCAGGACCACGGGCACCGAGCUGGACUGCCUGAAGGCCUGCCAGGAGCAGAUCGAGGCGGCCCUGGCCGAGAGCCUGAAGCAGGCAUCCCAACCCCAGCAGGAAUUCGGCUCCAAGGCGGCGCCGUACGCGGGCAGCCAGCCCACCAGCACCCCCACGGACGUCACCGACGUCAACCUGUGACCAAAGGAGCCCUUGGCCGGAGCUCCA